AUGCCACUCCCGCUGCGGCUGCGACACAUUCCGAUACCAUGCUCGACCACCCAACACACGCCGCUGCAGAUGGCCUGCUGGCUGCAAUCGCGGACUCAGCAGGCCAUGAAUGACAGGCAACUCAAGAUUCUCCUAGCCUUGCCAAUCGGCAAGAAAAAUAACGCCGAGUUGCAAAAGAGAGGCUGGAUCAAGAAAUUGCUUGCGGUCAAUGUCCCAAACACCUCGAGCCCGUCACAUAUCGAGCACCUACUAAAACAUGUUGGACCGCCACCGACUGUCAUUUCCUUCAUGCCGCAGCCUGCGUUUGAUGUGCCGGGGUUGGCUAGGGAUGCCGAUGGCGGUCAGAAAGCGCAGCAGCUUGCUGCUACAUUUUCCAAGCUGAUGUUUUCUCAUGAUGUCGCACACAGUGCUCGUUCGCUUGGCAUUAUGCUCCCGGACUUUUUCACGUGGGAUCAGCUGCGGAAAGUGAUCGAAUCCCUGCUAGACAGCUGCGACAAGUGGAGGCAGGCCAACAUGGAUACUCGAGAGCCAGAAUCGCUGUCCAUGCCACCUAGCGGACCAGAGGAGCUCGCUCGAUUUCUCCAAACCUUACAAGACUUCACAAAGAGCACGCGGGGGUUCUUGGACGGGGCCGAAGACGCAUCACCCAGCGUGCCUUUGGUGACGGACCUAGCGGCAAAACAUAGGUUACAGCCCAAGGACUGGAAUCCUGCCUUUUUCGGGCCUGCGACGCUGAUGCUCUGGCCCGUAAUGGACCUGAAAGAUAAUGUGCAGUUACCUCUAGGGGCCAAGUUCGCCUCUGAUCGUGGUCUACACGAUCUCUUGGCAGAAGCCACCAUCAGGACAAUCAAAAAAUGUUUCCGUCGCGAUGCCUUUGUCAAGCCCAGUGAAACGGGCGUUUGGGUGGAUGACGAUACGUGGUUUGCAGCGCGUCGGAUCGCCACCGUACGGCCCAUCCUGGGGGCCAACAAGGUCACUUCAUUUGGUGUCGGCCUGCAGGUUGGGCCUCUGCCCAAAGAGGUCAACAAUGCGGACCACGAAAUGAUAAGCCUGGCCGAAAUUGGGGACGUGCCGUAUACCCCAGCCUCGCUCGCAAGUCAUUGGGUGGAAGAGCUUGCUGGCCUGCUGAGCGAGAAGGCCACAACUGUGCCCAAGGGUUCCGCACCAGAGGUAAAAGUCAAGGAGGCAACCCUGAACACGAUGGAUAAUUCCUCGGUCCCAAGAGCCCCCGCUUGGACAGUAGACCAUCUUGAGGAUUCUGCAUUGGGUUGGAGAGCCCAGUCACAUUUCGACAGUGGCUUGAAGCCAACGUCGCCUUUGAGAUACAAAGGUAGCACGUUGACAGCCGAUAGCCCGCUCACUGAAUUGGGCCAAGUUUUUGACAGCGAGUCGAGUAAAAUCCCCAAGCUUGAAAAACUUAGGCGUCGCGACAGAACCGUGUCUCAGACAGACGAUAUGGUGAGAGUUCUGAAGAUAUUAUCUGCACUCGCACAAGGGCGGCCAUGGCUCGGCGUUGACAAGAACAUGGAGGCAUGGCACACUCGCCCAAUCGACAUGACCACCAUCUCAAAUCUCAAGCUCGACACUCUGGAUCAUAGAGCAGUCAUCCCUAGCAACAGUUCCUUUCCAAAGAUGGAGCCCGUUCCCGAGAAGGAACGCGUCGCCGAGUCCGAACUGAUCUGGCCGGACCUGGCCGUGCCCGAGGUCGACUCGAUAGACCAGCAGCGCCCCCACGAUUCGGACUUGGAAGCCGCUUAUAAACACUACUGCGCCUGGCUGCUGCGCGUGCUGCGUGAAAGCUCUUGCGGACGGCAGCUGGACGCAAGGCUUACGGAUCAUAGCGCUCGAUACGUGGAGGGCGAGAUGAUGGCCAACCCCUCCGCCACGAUCGCCAUCGUCAAGGGGUCAGGCGCCAGCAUCGCCAAGAACAUCCUGUAUGGGCUCAACUACAUGCAGUGUGCAGCCGUUUACCGGCGAGUCCUCACGCCGGACCGGCACUGGCGAGUCGGACAUGAAGCCCCGCUGUCUCGCCAGGAGGCCCGGCUCGUAUUUCCCGAGAAUCGCUGGCUCAUCCCCCCUGAGAAGCAAGAUCUGAAGAUCCAGAGGGGCCUCGGGUCUAGCUUCGUCGGCGGCCUUUCGUUGCCGGAAACGUUGGACGAGACUUUGAGUAGGUUGGAGAGAUUCCCCGGCAGUAAAAAAUUCAGCAUAAAUGGGAUGAAGGAGAUCGAGGCUCGGUAUGGCAAGGAGGUGGUCCGGGCGGCGGGGAUUAAGAAGGCGCCUGCGACAUGGCAGCCACUGGGUGAUGUCUUGGGGCGAAUUUAA